AAUAUUUAAAAUUUUUGAAACGAAAGGUGAAUCAGAGCAAAGCUGAAUCUCUUUUGCUCUUAAUAAUAUUAUACGGACCUAAGAUGAGGUCGUUCCACAGCCAAGUUCCGUUUCUCAUGGAGGAGCUUCGUGUUUGGCUGUUCUCGUUCUUCUUUCCCCGAAGUGAACAUUGAACAACAGCGUUUCAGGAAGCCCAAAUGCAGCCAUUGGAUGAGAAGAAGUACCACUAUAAUCAUAGUUCUCUGCUAUCGAAUGCUCCAAAUUGUCUACAGUUUUCGUCCUCCCAGGUCUCGCAUUAUACAGGUUCGUCGUCUCAUCUCCCACUUCUCAGUUCCUCUCACCAAGCAUAGCUUCUAUUCCUCUUCUCCUACCCAACCAUCACCAUCAUCAUCUUCAAGACAUGGCAGUAACAUAACCCCUUUAGACUUAUCUACUAUUAGAGCUUCUGGAAUUGCAAAAUCAAUCAUAUCGAGAUGUUCCCAUCUUUGGGAGAAGAAAACCGCCGAGCCCUUUGACCAAUACAAUCUUAAGGACCUGCUUUUCAAGAUUUUUGAUAUUUCACCCGAAACAGCGCGCAGAUUUAUUAGGGUUUCGGAGCUGAAACCAGAAGAUGUUCUCGAAAUAUUGCUGGGUUUUCAGUUUGAUUGCGGAAAACCCACGAUUGAAGCUAGAAAGGUGGGGUAUUUGUGGAAAAUUUUCAAGUGGGCUGGUAGCCAACAUGGGGAUUUCAAGCACCUUCCUCAGUCUUGCGAGGUCAUGGCCACAAUGCUUAUUCGGGUGGGCUUGCUUAGAGAAGUUGAAUACUUGCUUUCAACCAUGGAGGUCAGGGGAUUUUCUUUGGAUAGUCAUGAAAUUUUCGAUAAUUUGAUUAGAGGGUAUGUCAGUGCUGCUGAAUUAGACCGGGCUAUUUCAAUUUAUGAUCGAAUGAGGGUGCUAGGUUUAGUCCCAUCCCGGUUGUGUUAUUGUGUUCUUCUUGAUAGUUUGGUCCGAAUGAAUGCGACGCAAUUGGCAUUGCGAGUUUAUAUGGAUAUGUUGGAGAGAGAUUUUGAGUUGACUAAUGCUGAAAUGGCUACUUUUGAGAGUGUUAUUAAGCUUCUUUGUAGGAAUGGUAGGAUUCAAGAAGCUAGAACUGUUACUAAGAAGGUUUUGCAUUUGGGUUUAGAGCCCAGCGGUGUAGUCCUCAAUGAGAUUGCCAAUGGAUACUGCCGGAAAAAUGAUUUUGAGGAUCUUCUGAGUUUCUACACUGAAAUGAGCGGCACACCGGAUGGGCUGGCUGGCAACAGGUUUGUAUUUUAUUUAUGUAGCAAUUUUGGUACAGAAAGAGCUGACAAGUUUAUGCGGGAGUUGGAGCAUUUAGGUUUUUGUCCCGAUGCAGCAACCUAUGGGAUUUUAAUUGGUUGGAGUUGCUGUGAAGGAAGAAUGAAGAAUGCCUUCAUUUAUCUAUCUGAGAUUUUGUCAAGAUGCUUGAUACCUGAUAUAAGUUCCUAUAAUGCUCUUAUUAGUGGGUUAUUUAAAAAGGGCAUGUGGAAGCAUGCUCAAGACAUACUUCAUGAAAUGGUUGAUAAGGGCAUUUCACCUAAUCUGUCUACUUUCAGGGUUCUAUUAGCUGGUUAUUGUAAAACCAGGCAAUUUGAUGAAGCCAAAGGGGUGGUUCAACAGAUGGUGAACUGUGGCUUGAUUCAAUCGUCUUCAAUGGAGGAUCCACUUUCCAAUGCAUUUCUAAUUCUGGGGUUCAAUCCAUUGGCUGUGAGAGUGAAAAGGGACAAUGAUGUGGGGUUCUUUAAAAAAGAAUUCUAUGAUGAUCUUGGGAAUGGGCUUUAUUUAGAGACAGAUCUGGAUGAAUAUGAGAAGACAUUAGCUAGCGUUCUUGAAGAUUCCAUGGUUCUUGAUUUCAACUCGCUUGUUGUGAAAGAAUGUGGUGAUGGAAAUUUGAAAACAGCGUUGGCAAUGGUAGAUGUAAUGAUUCUGUGGGGGCAAGAACUCUCUUUGCUCGCCUUCUCAGUAUUGGUGAAACGACUUUGUGAAUCACACCGCUAUAUGAUGAAAAUUAUCAGUCUUGUGGAGAAAAUGCCAGAGUCAAUUGAUCAACUUGAUCAAGAAACUCUUAAUUUGGUUGUCCAAGCACACAGCAGAAAGGGAUUCCUAUACAAGGGGAGGAUUAUUUUGGAUAGAAUGUUCCAGAGGCAUCUAAUAAUCAAGAGUGAGACGUACACUGCUCUAAUAAUGGGUUUUUGCAAAGAAGCAGACUGGAAAGGACUUCUUGAUUGCUGGGAUCUUGCCCGCAAAGAUAGUUGGGUACCUGAGUUGAAGGGAUGUAGGCUUCUUGUCGGUUCUCUGUGCCAGCUAGAAAUGCUGAAGGAAGCAGUGGAACUUUUCGAAACAAUGUUAGUGUCAUAUCCCCACCUAAGAUCAGAUAUUUGUGAUGUAUUCCUCGAAAAGCUUUGUGUUACGGGUAAUACCAGCAUUGCGCAUGUUUUGGUGGAAGAACUUCUACGGCAGGGUUGCAUGUUGGAUGUCACAGUUUACAGCCAUCUUAUGAGAGGGUUUUGUGAAGAGAAUAGACUUUCAGAAGCCUUCAUGAUAUAUAAUGUUGUGCUAUCUAAGCAGCAGGCCCCAUGUUUGGAUUUUGAAAAAUCUAUUGAAAUGAAAGAGACAUGUUUGAGAGUGCGGUCUUCAAUCUCAAUAUCUGUCCAUGCUGCUUUAAUAAGUGGGUUUUGUAAGGCAGGAAAGGUAGGAGAAGCAGUCAAUCUGUUUCAUGACAUGUUGGAGGGGCUAGCUACAAAUGGCAAAACUUUGAACGCACUGGUUCAGGGUCAUUGCCGAGAGAAUAAUUUAAGGGAAGUUGGAGAGCUACUUGGUGCUAUGAUGAGAAAGAAUUUAAGUGUCUCUGUCUCAAGUUACCGGAAAUUAGUGCAGUUGAUGUGUAUUGAGGGUAAGUUCCUUCAGGCGUUAACGUUGAAAGAGCUUAUGCUGAGAGAAGGCAACUACCCUUGCAUUAUCAUAUAUAAUAUUCUGAUUUUCCAUCUGUUAACAGCGGGUAAUGAUUCACUUGUGUGUACACUUCUAAAUGAAUUGCAAGGGAAGGGAUUGCUUCCCAAUGAGGUCACUUAUAAUUUUCUUAUUUAUGGAUUUUCAAAAUGUAAGGAUAUGUCAAGUUCUAUGCAGUAUAUGACUACAAUGAUAUCCAAGGGAUUCAAGCCAAGCAGUCGCAGUUUGAAAAUUGUUAUAUGCCACCUGUUGGAUGCUGGGGACAUUGAAGGAGCCUUGGAGUUGAGUCGGUCCAUGGAAUUGAGAGGCUGCUUUCAUGGUUCAGUUGUUCAAAAUGCUAUUAUCGAGUGCCUUCUGUCUUGUGGUAAGCUCAAAGAAGCAGAAAAUUUUUUAGAUUGUGUGACCGAAAUGGGUCUGAUUCCUAGCAAUAUCAAUUAUGACAAUCUAAUCAAGAGGUUUUGUUGCUGUGGGAGACUAGCGAAGGCAAUUGAUCUUCUGAACAUUAUGUUGAAGAAAGGAAGUAUUCCAAGUCCUAUCAGUUAUGAUUAUCUAAUUCAAGGUUUCUGUAGCAAUAAAAAAUUGGAUCAAGCUGCAGAUUUCCAUGCUGAGGUGUUGGAAAGGAACCUUAAGCCAAGCAUCCACACAUGGAACAUGCUUGUUGAUAAAUUCUGUGAAGAGGGGCUCACAUCAGAAGCAGAGAAGCUUUUGGCUACCAUGGUUCAGAUUGGUGAAACUCCAACCAGGGGGAUGUAUCACUCUGCAAUUAACCGUUAUCGCCUCGAAAAUAAUUCUAGGAAGGCUGCAGAGCUCUUGCAAGCUAUGCAGCAAAAUGGUUAUGAACCAGACUUUGAGACUCACUGGUCGCUCAUAAGCACCUUAUUUAAUUCCAAGGACAAGGAUAAUAGCAAUAGCGCCCAAGGUUUUCUGUCGAAGCUUCUUGCUGGAAGUGGAUUUGGUUGGAGGAAGGAUAUUAACAAAGUGAGAAAGGGUUAAUGCAGCAAGAUAACAUACGGGCUUCUAUUUCUUUAUUAUUAUUUUCAAAAAAAUCAGAAAAAAUAAUAAUAAAGGGUCAAUGCCACAAGAUAACAUAUGGGCUUCUAUUUCUUUAUUAUUAUUUUCUAAAAAAUCAGGAAAAAAAAAAAAAUAAUGCCUCUUGUUAAUCCUACCCAUCUGAAAUGCUUUGCCAGUGUAGUUGUAUACUUGUACACCUGUAUGGAUCAGUACUGAUAAUUUUUUUUGUAAAAAAAUGGCUAGUUUGCUGACUC